AUGACGACGACUUUAGCGGCCGUGGGCCAGAUCUGCGCGACGGCGUGUGUCAAGGCCAACCUGGACCAGUGUGUGAGACUGGUUGGCAAGGCGGCCGCCGGCGGCGCAAAGGUCCUCUUCCUGCCAGAGGCGUCCGACUACAUCGUGCCCAGCGCACAUGCGACGCUGGACCUGGCGGCGCCGCAGUCGACGUCGGCCUUUGUGCUCGGCUUGCGGGCCGCGGCCAAGCAGCACUCGGUCGCCGUGCACGUCGGCAUCCACCACGCCGUCGGCGGCCAAGAAGCCACCGGGAUGGUGGUCAACCGCGCGCUCUACAUGGACGCCGACGGCGUGGUACAAGAGGCGGCGACGUACGACAAGCUCCACGUGUUCGACUACGGGUCUCUGCGGGAGAGCAGCACCGUCCGGCCCGGGACGAGGCUCACGGCGCCGUUUGACUCGCCCGUGGGCCGCAUCGGCAGCCUCAUCUGCUUCGACGUGCGCUUCGCCGAGACGGCCGUCGCGCUCGCCCAGCCGGGGCCGACCAGCCCGUGGCGCGACCGGCCGGCGCAGAUCCUGACGUACCCGAGCGCCUUCACGCUGCGCACGGGCGAGGCGCACUGGGAGACGCUGCUGCGGGCGCGGGCCAUCGAGACGCAGAGCUGGGUGGUGGCGGCGGCGCAGGUCGGGCGGCACAACGAGCGGCGGGCCAGCUACGGGCGGAGCAUGGUGGUGGACCCGUGGGGAACGGUGCGGGUGCGGCUCCGCGGCGCGUCGCCGUCGUCGGGCGAGGGCGACGAGGGCGCGGUGGGGGAGAUUGGCUUCGUCGAGAUGGACAUGGGCCUGACGGACCGGGUGAGGGGCCAGAUGCCUCUGCAGAGACGGACGGACGUGUACCCGGAGUGCAAGAAUGUCGACGUCGAGCCGUCGUGA